CCACUCCUCUAUUCUACCAAUCCCAAACACAAUCCAACACACACACACACACACUCACUCUCAUAACUCAUAAGUGUCUCCACCACCUUCACUUCCAUGGCUGUUUCUGGUUUUGAAGGCUUUGAAAAACGUCUUGAGCUCCAAUUCUCUAGCCAUGAUCCGGUGAUUGGCAUCGGUCUCCGCGAACUCGACUUCAAAUCACUUGAACAAGUUCUUCAUCAAGUACAAUGUACCGUUGUGUCCGCACUUGGCAACCAACACUUUGAUUCCUACGUACUUUCUGAAUCUUCACUCUUUGUUUACCCUACUAAGAUCAUCAUCAAGACAUGCGGUACCACACAGCUAUUGAAAUCGGUUCGACCGUUCAUUAAUCACGCCCGAACCCUUAAUCUUCACCUCAUCGCUCUUAGGUACACGCGUGGAACCUUUAUAUUCCCAGAAGCUCAACCCUAUCCUCACACUAGCUUCCAUGAAGAAGUUGUGUAUUUGGAGGAUAAUAUUCCUGAUGAUCUUUGUUACAGAAAGGCUUCUGUGAUUCCUUCAAAACUCACAUCUCAUUCAUGGCAUGUGUUUUCUGCUGGAGUUGUUGAAUACCCUGAUGAUGUUCCGUACACUGUUGAGGUGUGCAUGACUGAUCUUGAUCAAACCCUAGCUCGGAAGUUUUUCCGGCAUCCGAACGAUGGGAUGAAUGGUGAUUCUGCUGGAAGAGCCAUGACGGAGUUAACCGGCAUUAACCGCAUUAACCCUAAUGCGCAGAUAUGCGAUUUUGCAUUUGAUCCGUGUGGAUAUUCUAUGAACGGUAUUGAUGGUGAUUGUUACUCGACAAUUCAUGUCACACCGGAAGAUGGGUUCAGUUAUGCAAGCUUCGAGUGUGUCGGGUCGGCUUACAACGACAUGGCGGACAUGGUUAAAAAGGCGGUGAAAGUUUUCGGUCCAGGGACGGUUUCUGUGGCUACCACGAACGCUGGCGAGGACAUGUGUAUGCGAAUCAAGGGCGCCGUUGAGCAGGUCGGGUUGAAAUGCCGGAGUUGCGGUAUCGAUGAGGUUCCGGCGGCCGGGAAGGUGGUCUUUCAAACGUUUACAAGUCGCCGGAAAAGAAUAUGAUAGAAAAACAUAUGGGGCCAGGGUGCAUGCAAGAUGACUAUGGGGAUGAUGUUAUGAUGUUGCAUGAGUGAUACCAAUGUGCAUGUCAUAGGAUGGUUGGUUGGGUUGACUUGUAUAAAAAGAUUAUUAAAAUCUGAAAAAAAGAAAAAAAAAAUUAGAGGUGAGAGAGGUGAUCUUGAUAUGGCAAAAGAAAUUGAGGGGUGUGUUCAUCUACAUCAUGAUAUUGUACCCCACUUUAGUUUGUCACGCUUAAGAUUUUGAGGAAUAUUGUGUUUUCUAGUGGAAAAUUAAUAUUUGGUUCUUUAUAAUAUUCUUUUAGUGAAAUUGUUUUUGUUUGCUUUC